AUGCUGCCUUCCUCCCGGACCCAGCUGGGGCUCUUCUUCAUCCUCCUCUGCCCCGCCAACAUCAUCGGGCUCUGGUGGGCAGUGGGGAGCCCCCUGGUCAUGGACCCCAACAGCAUCUGCCGCAAGACGAAGCGGCUGGCGGGGAAGCAGGCAGAGCUGUGCCAGCUGGAGCCAGAGAUCGUGCAGGAGGUGGCCAAGGGCACCAAGCUGGGCGUCCGGGAGUGCCAGUACCAAUUCCGCUUCCGCCGCUGGAACUGCACCAGCCACAGCAAGUACUUCGGCAAGAUCCUGCAGCAGGAUAUCCGGGAGACAGCCUUCGUGUACGCCAUCACGGCGGCUGGGGUGAGCCACGCCAUCACGCAGGCCUGCAGCAUGGGCGAGCUGCUGCAGUGUGGCUGCGAGCUGACAAGGAGCCGGGCUCCCCCCUCUCCCACAGCAGGUCCGGGCACGGAGGGCACGGCCUGGGAGUGGGGGGGCUGUGGGGAUGACGUGCAGUUCGGCUACGAGAAGUCCCAGCAGUUCAUGGAUGCCAAGAGCAAGAAAGGCAAAAAUGACAUCCGAGCCCUUAUUGACCUGCACAACAACGAGGCCGGGCGUUUGGCGGUGCGCAGCUACAUGAGGACAGAGUGCAAAUGCCACGGCUUGUCGGGCUCCUGCACCCUGCGGACCUGCUGGCGGAAGAUGCCCCAUUUCCGUGAGGUGGGGGACCGCCUGCUCGAGCGCUUCAAUGGGGCUUUCAAGGUGAUGGGAGGCAAUGACGGGAAAACCCUCAUCCCCGUGGGUGACAACAUCAAGCCUCCCGACAAGCAGGACCUCAUCUACUCGGCCGACUCACCCGAUUUCUGCUCGGCUAACCGUAAGACGGGCUCGCUGGGCACCCGGGGCCGCGUCUGCAACAGCACGGCCAUGGACACGAGCGGUUGCGACCUGUUGUGCUGCGGGCGAGGACACCGGGACGAGACGGUGGUGCUGGAGGAGAACUGCCUUUGCCGCUUCCACUGGUGCUGCGUGGUGCAGUGCCGCAAGUGCUCCGUCCGUCAGGAGCUCAGUCUCUGUGUCUGA